AUGUCACUCACUUCUAUCCUUUCCGCGGAGGCUAUUGAGAAUGCCGUCAAGGAGUUCCAAGCCCCAGACUCCUUCAGCUUUAAGAAGUUUUCCCAGCUGUGUGGCCUGACCUCCAAGUCUCCCAAAGAAGUCAAAGAUGUCUUCCAGAUCCUUGACGAUGACAACAGUGGCUUCAUCGAGGAGUCAGAGCUCAAGUUCUUCCUGCAACGGUUUGUCCCCGGGGCGCGGACGCUGACGGACGCUGAGUGUAAAGGCUUCCUGUCUGCAGCUGAUGAUGACAACGAUGGCAAGAUCGGAGUAGAAGAAUUCCUGAUCAUGGUCCAGUCCUGAGAGUUCCAUGGGAGCCGGGAGAGCAGCAGGUGUUCAUUCUCCUCUCCUUCCUCCAGCCUCAGCCUCCAACUUCCAGACAACUUCCUCAAGCCUACAGCAACCUCCAUUCCCAGGAAAUUGUUUUUCUUUGUUGAAAGAAAAGGCAAAUAAAUUGUUUUAUUUUUUCAGAGCCCCUCUCUUAUUCAUCCAUGAAACCAUUUUUACUUGCCUUUUGAUUACGUUCUAGGAGGUUGUAUAGCUGCGUCGCCCCAUAUUUCCUUCC